AUGCCCUUGGCUGACAUGGUGAGGUGCACACAAAAUGGCGGCGGCUGGUGGGUUCCAUCAAGGACACUCUUCUCUUUAGGCUAUAGUCAGCAGUGCAGUCUGCAGUGGAGUCGUAUCUUCAUUGCCAGAAACUUUAGCUACAUGGCUUGUUACCUAAGACUUGGACUACUCUCACACCACUCGGUGGAUGUCUGUCCGCUCCCUGGACAUCCGUGCUGUGUUACACCCUUAUAUAGAAGAGGGAGGAGAGGACCAGCAAACGUUCAGGUGGGUUCUGCAAGUACUCCAGGGGUGAGACCACCCUGUACUACCUUCAUCAUGCAAGUACUCCACGGGGAAGAUGACUGUCACCAUGGACCACCCUGCUAUCUCUCGUCUUGCAAGUAUCCCCAGGGUGAAUUUGAUUGUCACCCUGGACUACCCUACUGUGCCCUUGUCAUUAAAAUGUUAUUGUAUUAAUCGAUAAUACCCAAUCUCACCACAAAUCAAAUCUGUAUUUAUAAGAUUAUUACAGUAAUGUGUGUGAUAUAGAUGUAGUACACAGUUGUGCAUACGUUGUGAAAAAAUACAAAGUCCAUGUUACUC